CCAUGAAACAGAGAGCAGCAGAGACCAAAGGACAGGGAGCGUCUUGGUUUGAUUCCAGGAGGCAGGGACUGAUGGAUAGAUGGAGAGUUCACAGACUAAAUAUACUGGUGUGGUACAGUGUUCACAGGAAGACGAAAAGCGACUUUGCACAAGCUGCACGCCCAAAAGUCAACAGGAAGUGAAAACCCAUAGACCCAUUGCUCAUGCUAAACACUACAUGAGAAACAAAGCGACCUCUCAGCAAAACAGUCAUUUUUCUGAUGAUCCAUCUGUCACCCACCUGCAGCUGAUCUUAUACGCACACUGCAGCCACAACAUGAGCAUACGGAAACUGAGUUUCAAGUGGUUCGGGAGCCUCACCAACCUCUCUUUUCGCCGCAGCACUGAGAAAUCAGACUCCAAGUCCUCUCAGUCGAAGUCUGGAGCAGGAGCGGGAUUUGCACCUGAAGAUGGCGCUGACUGCGGUACGCCAGUCCUGGCUCCAGUUGCUGAGACAACAGUGGACGACAUGGGUGCCAUGCGGCCUCGCACCGCCAGUUACGUACGCUCCAGCGAGAGCUAUACACACAUGGGUACGCUGCCACGGCUACUGAUGAAGAGGAGAGGCAAGAGUAAUAAAGGAGGCCCCAGCAGCAGUAAGAAAAGUAAAGACAAGAGCAGCAUCAGCAGAAGUCAAAGCCAGCGACCAGCAGGUGACAAAGACAGCUGGCACCCGAGGCCGACAGCCGCCUCAUCCAGAGUGGCUGGAGACGGGGCUGGAGUUAAAGCUGGGCUCAAAAAAGACUCUCUCACUGAUCUUAAGACCCAGCCUGAACCUACAGGUGAAACAAAUACACAAAACGCCAUCUCUGGACCCAUUCCUGCCUGUGAAGAUGUGUCGCCAUCUAGUGGCUCAAGUGCUGCACAACAACCUGAGACAUGUGACAAGCAACGAAUCACCCAGGCAGGUGCAGGUUUGAACCCCGAAGAGACUUCAUCACCUCCACUCAGUCAGGGGAAUGAUCGGAUCCGGACAGGUGAGGAUGAUGGGUUAGGGUCCGGGCCUGUAUCUGAAACAAAGGAGGAAGCAGAGAGCAGAGAGCUGACAGACGGAGCAGACAAAGGAAACCAAAACUCUGACAGCAUUUACAGCUACAUGAAGCCAGUGCAGAGCCAGGGAGAAUAUGUUGAGUUCUCCAAGGAGAAGUACCUGCUGGAGUCUCCUCCCGAGAAACUUCGUAAGGAGCUGGAGGAGGAGCUGAAAUUAAGCGUUGCUGACAUCAGAAGCCAUGGCUGGUACCAUGGACACAUACCGAGAGAGGUGUCAGAAACUCUGGUUCUGCGUAAUGGAGAUUUCCUUGUGCGCGACUCUCUGACCAGCGUGGGUGACUAUGUACUGACCUGUCGAUGGGAUAAUGAGGUGCUGCACUUCAAGAUCAGCAAAGUCCUGGUCAAAUCCAAUGACACCAAGGUGCAGUAUGUAUUGGAGUCUGACAGUUUCGACUCGGUCCAAGAGCUUGUGCGGUUUUACGUGGGCCAGCGUAAACCGGUCUCCCAGUCCAGCGGUGUCCACAUCUACUGUCCAGUCAGCAGGACUCUCCCUCUGCGCUACCUGGAGGCCACCUUUGCUCUGGCCAACAGCAAGCAAGGCUCCGCCUACUCGCCGUCCAGUCAGAGGGGAGCGUACAUUAAGAGAAGGAGCGUCACCAUGACUGAUGGGCUGACGACUGAGAAGAUGAUGCCUCACAGCCCGUCGACAAUCCACCACCAUAAAGACGCAAUGCGGAACUGUGCGAUGAGCAUGGACCAGAUUCAGGAGUAUCGCUGCCCCUUGUCACCUGUUGGCGAAACCCCGCUGUCUCCUGCAUAUAGUGCCAUCACCAGGCAGAGAGUCCACUCAGGCGGGCGGGUCCUGGCUGUUGUCCCACCCUCCCCUGUGAUGCGCCGUUCCAGCGACCCUCAGCUCAGCCCCUCAGCCUGUGACAACCCUCCGGAGCAUCCCGUACAUACCUCUCAGUCGGCACACUCCUCGCCUGCCCAUCACCCCAGCUACCAAUCACAUUCCUCAGAAACAGCGGGGAGCUACUGUGACCUUAGACCUUGCCCCGUCGGGCCCCCUAAACCCCCGACUAAGAGCUAUGUGGAGCGGUUGCGAGUGGAAGAAGGGAGGCAGGACGGACCAAGGGAGGAAGGAGAUGGGAUGUUCAGUGCCCCACAGGUGGAGACGGCGUCCUCAUUCAGGCCAUCCAGGUAUGAGUCUUGUCUUAUGCCAGCUGAGAAUAAGCCUCUGGAGAUGUCUGUACUGAAGAGAGUCAAAGAGCUGCUGGCUGAGGUGGAUGCAAGGACUGCAGCUAAACAUAUCACCAUGGCAGACUGCAAGGUGGCUAGAAUAAUAGGUGUAACCUCAGACCUGCAAAGGAUGAUGGGAGUGUCCUCAGGGUUGGAGUUACUGACACUACCACAUGGACACCAGCUAAGACUUGACCUACUGGAGAGGUUCUACACCAUGUCGAUCAUGAUGGCAGUGGACCUGCUAGGUUGCACAGGAAGCACAGAGGAGAGGGCGGCCCUACUCCACAAGACCAUCCAAUUGGCAGCAGAGUUGAAAAGCAACCUGGGUAACAUGUUUGGCUUUGCUGCUGUGAUGAGAGCCCUGGAGCUGCCGCAGAUAUCCCGCCUGGAGCAGACGUGGGUGACUUUACGCCAGAGACACACAGAGGGCGCUAUUUUAUAUGAGAAGAAACUCAAACCUUUCAUGAAGAAUAUGAACGAUGGCAAAGAGUCCAGCGCCUUGUCCAACACCUCCAUCCCACACAUCAUUCCUGUCCUGUCCUUAUUGGAGCGGGGAAUGGCUCUCGGGGAGGCACCGGAGCCCUGGGAGAGUGCAGAGGUGGGAGUAGACGUGGUCAUGUACCACCUAGAGGCAGCUCGUACUAUCGCACAUCACGGGGGGAUCUAUAGAACCAACGCUGAGACCAAACUGCAGGGAUUCCAGGAGCGAGCAGAAAUACACGAUAUCUUCCAGACAGAGUUUCAGAUGCGUCUUUUGUGGGGCAGCCGUGGCUCUGAGGGCAGCCAAUCAGAGCGUUACGAGAAGUUUGACAAGGUCCUCACCGCCCUAUCACACAAGCUAGAGCCUCUUGUGCGCCACAGCGAGCUAUAGCACCUGCCCCAACACUCGCCACAGCUGAAACACCCCCAUUUGCACUCACCACUCAUCGUGGUAUGGUCUUGUUUUGCAUCGCGAAGGAUGAUGUGGAAGAGUAUGGCGUGAACACUGGGAGGGGUGAGAGUGACAGAAGAGGCAGCUAACAGAGCAUGUAAAGUGAGCAAUAGGAAUACAGAAAAGAGGGUCUCACUUAUAACACGUGUUGCACUUCUCCUUCUGUUCCUCCCUGUGGACUUCCUCAUUUAGUGCUAAAAUAUUUAAAUGGCAUGAGUGAGGAGAAAAGCUAACUGGAAAAGAAGAUGGGAGAGAUGGAUGACCACCUCCUCUACUUGGUGAAAAACAGUAACAUGUGUACAGUGUGUCCAGAGGGCCAAACAGAGCUGCAGAGUUUGGCUUUGGUCCAAUGAAACUCAGACACUCUCUUGUUUCAAACAACUGCUGUCACACACUGUAGCAGGAAUGAUAACAAUAACUUACAUAGCUCAUAUAUAGAUAUUUGUGUGGGUGAGUGAGUGAGUGAGUGAGUGUGUUUUGGUAUGUAUGUUUCCAUUCCUUAAUUUUUUGUAUGGCAUUAAUGUUUCAUGUGGGUUUUGUUUGUGUCUUAUUGAUUUGUUUUGAUCAAAAGAUAGCUAAACAUCAUGGACGCUGCUCCACCGACCUCACGAGAAUCUGUCAGUGCUCAUGCUGAGGGAACCAUGUUCAUAAAACCUCAUUAAAUAUGUAUCAAGCAGUCCCAUUGAAUCCCAUUAAAAAUGUAUCAGGCAUGCAUUAAUAAAUGUAUCAGAAAUGAAACAUUUGCAGAAGUAAUGCAGCAACUUCAAUACGAGGGCUUUGUGAGUUGUUAAAAACAUUAAGAGGACAAAGCAACCUCCCUCUGUUGUGGCUGUUUGACUAAUACUUUUGAUAUUGUGUGUCUUGUGCACAAACGUUGCUGAAACAGCGCUGUGAGACAAAUGGGAUGCUCAGUAUUUAAAUUUAAAGCAAUGUUUCACUUAGUAUAUAAACAUUUAUGAACGUGUAUAACUCUAGUUUAAGUUACUAAAUUUGCAUAAAUAAUACAGUAAAAUGUUGCUUUAAACUAAUAAUUUAAAUAUAGCAAUGUGUCAAAUGUGAGAAAAAAUACAGAUGAUACAGUUCAUGUCUGUGGACAAUCUUGAAUGACAGAAAAAUCUGUCAUCUUUCACAUUUCUUUUUUUUGAAAGCCAAUGAAUGAUUCCCAAACCAAAUCAAACAAGGACAUUUUGACCACAGCCCUGCUACAGAGAAUGUCUAUUGGUUGUGUGUUUUGAAUUUGUGUUUCUGCAACAUAGCUAAGAAUCUUUUUACAGCUAUGUGAUUACAUUUCGGUUGAAUGUUCAGUGUAAAAUCAUUGCUGUAUUUACAGCAUGUGGGCCUGAGAGGGCUUGAGCUAACUCUCAGAGCUAUGCAACCAUUUCAACCAAGGGCUGAGACCCCUGAGGAACAGACUCUCAUUCAGAAUGUAUUAGAAAAAAAAUCUUUUUCACUUUUUGACCUCUACUUCACCUUCUUUUCAAAUAUCAGUCCUUUUGUUCUUCCUAACUCUAUCCAAACCAAUAACCUAUAUAUGAAUGAAAGUCAUAUCAAUCAAAUAAUUCUACACAUACUACCCUAGAGUCGCAAAUCAGAGAUCCUCAAAUGGAGUCAAUGCAGUUUGUGAGGUGAGGAGCCAUGUGCCAGUUCCCACUGUGGUCCAACAGGGGGCGAUCUUGAGUCAGCAAAAAAACACUGAAUCAUUAAUUGUAAUACAAUGUCACAGGAAGACCUGUACACACAGGGAAAAAAUACAUUGAUUGUGUGUGUUUUGAGACCAAUGUUUGACAUCAAUGCUAUCCGAUAUCAAACCUACUGGUUUAGGUUUGAUAUCUGAUAACGCUGAUGAUGAAAAAGUCAUGAUGGUGAUAAUAUAAUAUGUAUGUUUUUAUUUGUCCUCUGUUGAAUGCUGUACAGGAAUGUGCUGACAGUGUGUGGAUUCUCCUGUUUUUGAAAACAGGACUGUAUGAAAUGAACUUGAAAAGCAAAAAGAUAAGAAAUGUUUUAGGAUUGAUCUCAUGUUUUUUUACGUACUGUACAUAGCGAUUCACUUUUUUUCAAAUAAAAUGAAUGCUCGUGUCAAAA